AUGGCUGGCUCCGGCCCCCAGGGCCCCAAAGACUACAUCAUGAGCUACCCGGAACCGCCCCGGUAUUCGUCGGCGCCAAUCGACUUGGGAUUGUCGCCUGAGCCCUACAGCGCAUAUCCGCGAUCAUCACACGAAUACCCGACAACCAUGGGGUACGAAAACGGACCCGUGUAUGCUGAGGCGUCCUACAUGUACAACAGCAACGGGAGGGCGUCACCGGGAAUGUAUCCCGACGACGGCGAUGUGCGCGGGCCGUCGUCCGACUUGAGCAUCGCCAGCACCUCAUCGUCCAACAUGGGCUCGCCACUUUCGAGCCACGACCACAUGGCACCGAUCCAUGACUGGACCGCGGCAUCCCACGGACUGGGUGUAAACCCAGGCAUCGUCGAUCAGGGCGACCUCUACUCCAACGGGGAAUACUCGACCUUCGCGCCCAGCGCGAUCGAGGGCUUCAACAACUACGAUUUCCCUACCAGCAAAGCCCCCGGAUUUGUCGGUGAGUUGUCACGUAUCCCUAGGUCUUCUCCUCUUUCUCCUAGCCCGCGCGGCCACCGACACGCCUCGCGUGGCUCCAUUUCUUCGUCUUCUUGCGACUCUGGAUCUACCGUUGUACCCCAAAAAUCCUCAAGCCCCGUGCUAGCCGUCGACACUCGGUUGGCGCGGGCCUCGGUGUCUGCGUCGCCGGCAUCGACCCCGGUUUCUUCUGCCCCGACCUCGGGCCUUGUCUUCACGACACCUGCGACGUCUGCCUGCUCUUUUUCUUCUCCUCCGCUGCCAGCGUGGAGCAGCCCGCCUCUAGGCGGCAGCCCCGCGCCCCGGCCCAGCACACCCAGCCCUCGACUGGGUCAUUCUUCUUUCUUUUGUCAGUCUAGCGGCCAUUUUGUUCCUCCUCUCGAGACGUCUUGUUGGUUUCCUCUGUCUGAGCGCGAAUUCUCGUUGCACGGUCAGGUUACUGACAUGGACCUCGCGCCUCCAGAUCCUACUUUAAUACACCCAGACGUGAGAUCGAUUGGGAUGCCCACUUACGAGCGGUCGUAUCCGGCACCGCCCACAACGUAUCCCGCUUCACCAGCACUAUCUGCCUCGCCACAACUCCGGAACGGCAGCGCCUCUCCCUUCAUACAGAAUCCUAAUUAUCAGGGGGGCUACUCACCAUUCCAGCCUCCCGUCGAGGCGCAACGGCGAGGGAGCCUCGGGUCCUAUUACUCUGCAGAGCCGCCGUAUAGCGGUGACGAGUCGAGGGAGAAACAGCGCUGCCCGCACCCGGAAUGCGGCAAAUCCUUCAAGGACCUCAAGGCUCAUAUGCUGACGCACCAAACCGAGAGACCCGAGAAGUGCCCGAUUGCGACGUGCGACUACCACGUCAAGGGCUUUGCCAGGAAGUAUGACAAGAACCGGCACACCCUCACGCAUUAUAAAGGCACUAUGGUGUGCGGCUUUUGUCCGGGCUCGGGCUCUGCCGCGGAAAAGUCAUUCAACCGGGCCGAUGUGUUCAAGCGGCACUUGACAGCGGUACACGGAGUCGAACAGACCCCGCCAAACAGCCGGAAGAAGACGGCCGGUGUGAGCAGCAACAGCAACAAGAAGUUGACUGGCUACGCCCCGGACGCCACGGGCAAGUGCUCGACAUGCUCGCAGACAUUCAGCAACGCCCAAGACUUCUACGAACAUCUGGACGACUGCGUGCUGCGUAUCGUCCAGCAGGAGGACCCGGCUGAGGCGAUCAACGCAAAGCGACUGGCUGAGGUGGAGAACGACCGGGAGGUGCAUGAAACCCUCGAAAAGAACAAUCUGCCGACUACCACCAUGACCACCACCGCCACAGACGGGGAUGAGGAGGAUGAAAACAUGGAGGACGACGAGUUUGACGACGAGUCCAAGGCUCGCGGCGUCAAGGCGUCGUUGACAUCGCCAAUCAGGAGGACAAAGGGCAGCAACAACCCGCCCAACGGGGUACAAAAGUCGCGGGGUAUGACACACUCGCGUGGUGGUGUCCCCCUUCAGACAAAGAGUCGGAGCCGCAAGAACCGGCGCGAUUACCCGUCGUCGUGGGGCUUCGACAAGGGUCAGAUGACCAUGAAGAAGCGGGUGCUGGCCGUGUUCGAUGGCCCGCGCCGGCUGGCCAAGGACGACAUGAUGCUGUCAACGGAGCAAGAGGUGCGCAUCAAGCUGCAGGACGGCAAGUCGUACGUGACCGACUUUGACUUGCAGACCAUCAAGCGCGCAGAGGGCUUUCUGAACGCGACCGAGGAGGAGAAAGGCCCCUGGGUCUCGGAUGACCCGACCGACGAGCAGAUCAAGCAGAUGCUCGAAUUCACCGCUGCCGAUGUGCCGGUUGCGGCCGCGCAAUAG